AGAAGAUCAAGCAGUUGCAUCUGUUUUGGCCGUGUUUUCAAGCGGCGUGAAAGUUGCUCCAAAUUCAAUCCUAAAUUAUUAUUUUAACAACUAUUACAGUCGUCAGGAAAAAAGAAAAAUUCAAGUUAAGAAUGGUUUCCGUUCUUCCAAAUACAACURAGAACCUGAGUUCUCCUUUUGAUGUUCAUGUCUUAGAGGACCAAGUUCGGCUUGUAGUGAAGGCUAGGAACGUGAGGUUGACCGAGUAUUUUAAGGACUUUGAUCGUCUACGAACAGGAUUCAUUACCAAGCCCCAGUUUGACAGAUGUCUAGACCAAUUGUUUGGUAUUGUGUUAAGCCCAGAGCAGGACAUGCUUCUGAUGGAAAAAUAUGGUAGUGAUCCUAAACAGAAGAACAUGGUCAACUAUAGAAAGUUUUGUGAGGUUAUUGGAGCAGUGUUUGAUCCAAAUUAUCUUCAAGAGGAUCCUUCCACACAAAAGAUUGGUCCUGAUGCAAGUGAAACUAUUGACAGAAGACCACUGAGUCCUGCUUCUCUGGCCAAGUGUGAUGAAUUGUUGAUGAAAAUGGUAGUACACUAUAAAUACCAUGGAAUUAACAUCAAGACCUGCUAUGCUGACUUUGAUAAACACCAUAUUGGGGUAGUCACUGAACCGCAGUUUACUCGCAGCUUCCCUGGUCCUCCAGACAUCACAGAAGGAGAAGUCAUGUUACUCGUCAGGAAGUACAGAGAUAUCGCAAGGCCAGGUCUUUGUAAUUAUUAUAACUUCCAUUUUGACAUCGAAGAAAAACAGCAAAGGCUUAGAGAUGAUGCUGAUUUCACUAGGUUUGCACCGGACCAGGGCUGGGCCAACUUAGGAUACAGGGGGCCAGGUACUCCUACUAUUCAAGAUAUCUUUGAGAAAAUCCGCGUUGCUGUCUUUAAAAACGGUAUAAGAACAACAGAGUUUUUCCGUGAUCACGACAAGCUGAGAAGUGGCAUCAUAACAGAAAACCAGUUCGUUUGUGGAUUGAGUCUCUGCUGUGGUUCACAAGCUAAUCUGAGCCGAAACGAGAUYCAAAAAGUAAUCGAUCAUUACAAAACUGAUGAUGGUCGCGUUCACUAUCAAGGUUUCUGUGACAUGAUGGAAAAKGCUUUUACCUUGCGCGACCUCGAGAAAAUGCCAACAGCUGAGCCUUACAGGCCCCCAGUGGGUGCCCUCGCCAAGGCGCCUAACAUAUUGAGUCCAGAAGAAGAAGCCCGUGUUGAAGAAAUUUUGACAGGACUGAUUUCUAAAGUGCGUAAGAGAAGAAUAAUGGUCUAUCCUUACUUCAAGGACUUUGAUAGGAGUAAGGGAUACACGAGAGGAGUAACCAAGUCGCAGUUUGCUAGAAUGCUGCAUUUCUUAUCGUUGGAUUUACAACCACUUGACCUCGAGUUGAUCUGUAAGAAGUACGAGUAUCCUGUCGGUGGAGAUAUCAACUACCCAGCAUUCAUCCAGGCUAUUGACUCAGAAUAUACUGGUACUUCUAUGACACUGUCCGAUAAAUCAGAGCACAAUAGCGAAAGUACGGGUGCACCAAAGGAACCUAUAGUGGACUUGAACAGCGUUGAUCCCCAGGAUCUGAUUGGUCGAAUAAGACAUCACGUGCUUGUUAACAGGCUAAGGGUGGAAGAAUUUUUCCAGGACUUUGAUCCCCUUCGUCAUGGCUCUAUCAGUGUUACUCAGUUUAGACAGUGUCUAAACUCACUUGGCCAGACUAACCUAACUGAAGCUCAGUUCCAAGUUUUAGCACGGCAAUAUGCCGACGUAAAAAGACCAGGAAAUGUUAUGUGGACUAAGUUUCUCACAGACGUUGAGAUCGUGUUUACAAGACGUGGCCUCGAAAAAGUACCAGCCUAUGAAGUAUCUCCCAUGGAAACCUUUCAAAUGCCAAGGCCUGGAGCUCGAACCAACCUAGCAACCAUUGAACAGGAUCAGGUCCUAGAUAGCAUUAUGCUGCGCAUGCGCAGUAAGAUACAAGAACGCCGUAUCUURUGCAAGCCCAUUUUCCAAGAUUUUGACAAGCACAAUAAUGGUCACGUGACUAAGUCUCAAGCCCGCCAGUGCAUGCUCAAUCUGGGUCUCACCAACGAUGAACAUGAAAUGAAGCUAAUAGAGGGAAGAUAUGCCAACGACAUUGGCUUUAACUACACGGAAUUCCUUGAAAGGCUUCAGCCCUCACACAAACCCCAACACAUGUACGUGAAACGACUGGAAGAGAUAGAGAGGGUUAACAACAAGACCAUGCCCGACCUGGGUGAAGACAACUUGAACUUCAUCAUGCACAAGAUCAAGUGUAAAGUCAUGAAAGAAAGGAUAAGAGUAURUGAAUGGAUGAAAGAUUACGAUAAACUGAGAACUGGAAGAAUGAGCAGGGUGAACUUUGCUCGAGCUAUGGAUGUCAGUUCGCUCGGACUGACCAAGAUGGAAGUGGAAAAGAUAAUGGAUGCAUAUGCUUCUUAUGGUUAUCCAGACUUUGUGGACUAUCUUCAGUUCUCUGACGAUAUUGAAGAAAUCUUCACUAUCAAAAACUUAGAAAAGAUGCCACUGGUUGUCCCAGAGCAGUUCAAACCCCACGUAGAGAGUGAAAACACUAAACUGUCACCAGAAGCGGAAGCUAUGCUUGAACGCGUUAUGCACCGUUUGGCAGACCGCGUUCGAAUCAGACGCAUYCAGAUUUUCCCGCUCUUCGAAGACUAUGACAAGGUGCAUAAUGGGACCGUGUCACGUGGUCAGUUYCACCGCGUACUCAGUGAGCUUGAUCUUGGCGGGCUUGUGAGUAGAAGGGAAUUCGAAGUUCUAUACCAGAAAUUUGACGUCAUUAUCGGUCUCAAGCACGACUUCAAUUACAUCUCGUUUUGUGAUAUGAUAAAUGAUUAUGCAAACUUUGAAUAUGGAAUGCCCUAAGAAACGUACUCGCUUUGUAAUAUUUUGUCAACUGUGUCAUAAAUUUUUAUGUAUGCGUAAAAAACUACAUUUAAUUCAAAUUGUAUAAAGGAUACUGGGAGAAUAAAAAUUCAU